GAGGCGAAAACCAAACCAUACAAAAACAUAUAAAACUUGUGGCGGUGUCUCCGUUAGUUUUUAUUAAUACUACUAUUCCUUAUUCCUGAUUCCUGAUUCCUGAUUCCUGAUUCCUCCUCUUCUCCAAGUAAAACAACUAACUAUGAUUCAAAUGAACAAGAUAUACAUUCACACGCACACUAAGCUAUAUAUACAUUCAGAUUGGUGUCGGUGUCUAACUUUCAUCAUUUUACUUGCCUACUAAUCCAUCUUCAAGAAUUUCAAGAUCAUCACAAAAUUUCUAUUUCUUGUGUUCUUUGUAUAUGAUCAUCAUCUUUCUUUGAUCUAGUUUUUGCAAGCUUGGACUUUGUAAAAAUGUGGUGUUUCUUUUUCUGGUAAGCAUAGGAUUGAUUUUCUUUUCUCCAUAUUGGUUUGGAAAAAAUAUUCUCAUUCCUCGUAUUCUUACCUUUUUCUUUUUCUUUCAACGUCAAGAAAUUCGAAUUCAAUUCUACCUAGAAUUUGCUUUACAUUUCCUUGUUCCAUUGCAAUUCAUACCUGGGUUGUCCUUUCUUGAUCCAUAAAUUUGUAAACUUCAAACACUUUUGUGAUCAAUUCACCAUAUAGUUUAAGCAAGUUUUCAUUGAUUUUCUCUCUUGAAUUGUUUGUUAUGGAGGCUUCUAGUACUGCUAAUCAAUGUCGGUUGUUCUCUCCUCCUAUGAAAACUGCUGACGAGCAUGUAAAUAGUAAUAGAGAGUUAGUUUCUAACAAGAUUACAACACAUGAGUUUGAUAACCAGUUUCAGGAUUCGGGUACCGAAGAUUCGGUCUCAGGAACCGAUGAUGAUGAUGAUGAUGAUGGUAAUGAUCAAGAAGACACAUCAAUUUCCGACUGUGAAAGUGGGAUUUCAGGACCCAACACUGAUCAAUCUCAAUUGUCUGUUAAUGGGUUGAUCAAAUUGGAUGAAGAAGAUAGGCUGCACGAGAUUAUCAAGCGACGAUUCAUAUCGGGUUUGGUUUCUCUUGGAUUGGAUACUUCUGUAGUUUCCAUUCACAGAAAUUCUUGUUCUAGCUUCACAGGACAAGCCCGGCUUCAAUCGUUUCAUAUUUUCGCACGAGCAAUUUCAAAGAAGUGUGGUGGUAAUGCAAAUUUGAAGUAUGCUUGGUAUGGUGCUUCUAGGGAUGAGAUUGAGAAGAUUGUUUCUCAUGGUUUUGGUCAUUGUGGGGAUGCUGAGAACAAGGGAUGGUUUGGCCGUGGCAUCUAUCUAUCUCCUGAUGAUUCCCCUAUUGAUAGUGUGAAAUCUUCAAUUGUUGAUAAUGCUGGGUUAAAGCAUGUGUUGCUUUGCCGGGUUAUCCUGGGGAAUAUGGAGGUUGUUCAGCCUGGGUCUGAACAGUGUUAUCCGAGUUCAGAAGAGUUUGAUUCUGGUGUUGACAAUCUUGUAACUCCUAAGAAGUAUAUAGUUUGGAGUACCCACAUGAAUACCCAUAUCUUGCCAGAGUACAUUAUAAGUUUCAGAGCUCCUCCUUGCUCAAAAGGCGAGCGAAGAAUUCAAGCUCCACUGAGGAAACCCAAUUCACCUUGGAUGCCAUUUUGUACUCUAAUCUCAGUGCUUUCAAAGUUCUUACCUCCUCAAACCGUUAGUCUGAUUUCCAAGUACCACACUGAUCAUAGAGAAAAUAAGAUCUCGCGGCAUGAAUUGAUACGGCUAGUGAGAGAGAUGGUAGGAGACAAGUUGUUGACUGCAGUCAUAAAAUCUUAUAGGGACAAGCAACUUAAAGCAUCAACAGACUUUUCGACAACCAACAGCUCAAGCAAGUCUCACCGAAGAAACUCAGAAUUCAAGCAGAGUUGAUGAGUUGAUCUUUUGCUGAAAGUAUUCUGCUGCAAGUUGCUAUGUCGAAUAUGAGCACAAAAGCAGUUUUCAUCGACAAAUCGGCAUAUCCAUACAUAUCACAAAAAUUUCAGUGAUGAAGUGGCAGUAAUAUGAAAUUGGCAUAUUCUCUUAAGCUAAUUUGAAAGAAGACAAUGGUGAGCAAUAUGAACCAGCAGAUGGCAAAGUGGGCUUGCUUAUGUUUCUGGUAGUAGCUUAUGCUUGUAUAGACUUGGGGAGUAGCACUUCUUUUUUUUCAUUUUUCUUUUUUUGUUGCAAUAUUAUCAGCAAUUUUGUGAUCAAUUAAUAAAAUCCUUUUUCCAUUGAUCG